UCAAAAACCGGCCCCGUCCCGCUCCUCCACCCUCGCAUUUCACACCCCGAAAGCAAAGCACAAACUCUCUCUCACUCGCUCUCUCUGCAUUUCGCGUAUCCGCCCGCGUCGAAGAGAGAGAGAGAGAGAGAGAGUGUGUAGAGAGAGAAAGUGUCUGUGUGCAGCAGAUCCGGAGAGGUUGAAGACGACCGAGAGAGCAGAGCAGCAACCAUAGGUUCGUUCGAUUCCCCCUCGCGCGUCCGCUUCCAAGAUGUCCGGCCGCCACGAGAAGGAGAAGGGCGUCAACGUCCAGGUCCUCCUCCGCUGCAGGCCCUUCAGCGAUGAUGAGUUGCGGAACAACGCGCCCCAGGUGGUGACUUGCAAUGAGUACCAGAGAGAGGUCGCCGUCUCGCAGAGCAUCGCGGGCAAGCACAUCGAUCGGGUCUUCACCUUUGACAAGGUUUUUGGUCCAUCUGCACAGCAGAGAGAUCUUUAUGACCAAGCAGUAAUUCCAAUUGUAAAUGAAGUUCUUGAAGGCUUCAACUGUACCAUUUUUGCAUAUGGCCAAACGGGUACUGGAAAAACAUACACAAUGGAGGGUGAAUGCAAGAGAGCGAAGAGUGGACCCAAUGGAGAAUUACCUCCAGAAGCAGGAGUCAUACCUAGAGCAGUGAAGCAAAUUUUUGAUACUCUGGAGAGCCAAAAUGCUGAAUACAGUGUGAAGGUGACAUUUAUAGAGUUGUACAAUGAAGAAAUAACUGAUCUUCUAGCACCUGAGGAACUUUCCAGAGUCGCUUGUGAUGAUAAGCAGAAAAAGCAGCUGCCCUUGAUGGAGGAUGGAAAAGGGGGUGUUCUUGUUAGAGGUAUAGAGGAGGAAAUUGUGACAAGUGCUACCGAGAUCUUUACUUUGCUUGAAAGGGGAUCCUCAAAGCGUCGUACUGCUGAAACACUGCUAAAUAAACAAUCAAGUCGGUCACACUCUUUGUUUUCCAUCACAAUACACAUCAAAGAAGCAACACCAGAAGGAGAAGAGCUUAUUAAAUGUGGCAAACUGAACUUGGUUGAUCUGGCUGGAUCUGAAAACAUAUCCCGUUCUGGUGCUAGGGAGGGUCGUGCGAGAGAAGCUGGAGAAAUUAACAAAAGUUUGCUUACGUUGGGAAGAGUCAUUAAUGCUCUUGUGGAGCAUCUUGGUCAUAUUCCAUAUAGGGAUAGCAAACUCACUAGGUUACUUCGGGAUUCUCUUGGAGGAAGAACUAAGACCUGUAUUAUUGCAACAGUUUCACCCGCAGUCCACUGUUUGGAGGAGACCUUGAGUACCCUAGAUUAUGCGCACAGGGCAAAGAACAUUAAAAAUAAGCCUGAGGUAAACCAAAAGAUGAUGAAAUCCACUCUUAUUAAGGAUCUCUAUGGUGAAAUUGAUCGACUCAAGGCUGAGGUUUAUGCUGCACGAGAAAAUGGUGUUUAUAUUCCUAAGGAGAGGUAUUAUCAGGAGGAGAGUGAAAGAAAGGCUAUGGCUGACCAGAUCGAACAAAUGGGGGUUACUAUAGAGAACCAUCAAAAGGUUAGUAAUUUCUUGAUAAUAGUUUGACUUCUCAUCUUGUGUGAUGUUAUCCUUAUUCACCAUCUAUUGUGACAGCAAUUUGAGGAAUUGCAAGAGAAACAUGAUUCUCAGGUUCAACAAUGUCUUGAAUUGAGUAGCAAGCUCAAUGCAACUGAGAAAGAUUUGGACCAUACAAGUAAAGUGCUGGCUAACACCAAAGAGGAGCUUAAGAAAUGUCAGUAUUCUAUAAAAGAGAGGGAUUUCAUAAUUUCAGAACAAAGAAAAGCAGAAAAUGCUCUGGCCCAUCAAGCAUGUGUUUUGAGAGCUGAUUUGAGAAAUCUCUACAAGAAAAAUGCUUCUGGACAUGAACUUGUAGAUAGAGAAGAUAAACUCAAUGCGGAUAACAAAUCUGUUGUAAACAACUUUCUAACUGAAUUGGCGAGACAAGUUGCUUCACUUCGCACCGUGGUGGAUGGAUCACUUUCUCAGCAAAAUGAGCACCUUGAUCGUGUGGAGAAAUUCUGCCAUUCAUUUGAACAGGCACAUGAAAGGGCGGUUUUGAAUAUGAAGAAUAAAGUUACGGCUUCAAGGGCCAUGUACAUCUCUCACAUUGAGGCGCUACAAAAUGUUGUACGUUUACACAAGGCUAGCUGUAAUGCAGGAUUGGACAAUAUCUUAUCCUUGGCUUCUUCCAGUGUGCAAUCUACAGAAGAGGUUUGCAGUGAAAAGCAAAAAGCUCUAUUUGAUGAUCUCCAAAGCACUCUCUCAACACAUGCAGGAGAAAUGGCACACUUUACCAGGAACUGCGGCAGGUGUAGAUUUAAUGUCAGCAUCGAGCACACCAAGGACAUUUCUGAGUACACUAGUGGAUUUCUUGGGAAUCUUGUUGAAGAGUCUAAAAACCUUGAGGGCCAUGCAAAACAUAUUGAGGAAAUUCAAAUGAAAAGUAUUGCUGAGUUUCAGAAGGCUUAUGAAGUACAGUCAAAAUCUGAAGAAGAAAAGCUUCUAGCAGAUAUGACAAAUCUAGUUUGUAAUCACUUGCGUCGUCAGAAAGAAAUGGUGGAUACAAGGCUUGUUAGCCUGAGGGAAACUGCUGCUCAGAACAAGACAUUUUUGGAUGGGCAUGUUUCUUCACUGGAGGGUAUUACUACAGAUGCCAAAAGAAAGUGGCAGGAAUUUUCUUCUCAAGCAGAAAAUGAUGCUAAGGAUACUGCUGAUUAUUCUGCUGCCAAACAUUGCCGUAUGGAGUUACUUUACAGCAAUAGUGUAAGCACUGCAGAAUCAGCUUCCAAACAUUGGGAUGGCACACGUGAGGCCAUUUGCGAGAUGGGUAAUAAUCAUGUUUCCUUGAUGAGUUCACUCAUAAGGGAUGUUUCUGAUAGUAACGAGCAACAUGAUGUAGAGAUAGGUGUUGCGAGGGAUACAGCUCAGCAAGAUGUGGUCAAGUGUAGUGAAGAUUUCAUUAAGCAUGUUGAUGGAGUGUCAGAGCAGGAGCGAGAAUCUAUAUCAGGUAUUCUAGAAACAGUCCAGGCACACAUACAGUUGUUGGAAAGUUUCCAUGAGGACCACUCUAGCAAAGCUAAGUGUCAGGAGAAGGCAGAAGAAACUUUUCAACAUCGCUAUAUGGACUAUGAGCCAAGUGGGACAACGCCAAUUAAAUGUGAUCCAGAAGUUCCGACAAAAGGAACUAUUGAGUCUCUUCGGGCCAUGCCGAUGGAAUCUCUUGUUGAGGAGUUUCGUGAAAACAAUUCAUAUGAAUCAUUUGAUGGGAAAGACUUGAAGCCAUCUCUAAUACCACGCUCACCCUUGACACAGAUCAAUUGAACGUGUGAUCUUCUCAUCUCAUUUUUACGGAAGCUAGUUGGCAGCCACAUGAGGAUCUGUACUGUUGGUGUACAUUAAAUAUCUGUCACUCGAGGAUUGUAAGGAUGCAAGAUAGGCCACUGGAGCAGAAUGUUAAUGCAGCGGGGCUAUGAAUAAUUACAUUAUUAGGAUAUAGAAUCUUGUCUCUUCAUGAAGUAAUCUGGCAGUUUCAAGUGUA